AUGAGGUCGUCGUUGAUCGGCGUUGACAAUGCCGGCCCCGACCUGGACCUGUGUGUGGCCAUCUCCUCACAUCUACAACCAGCCCGUCCACCAAUAGUAUGGUACACAAUGGUUGGUAAUGAAGUGGACUAUCAACCAAAGUUCCAAAGUCAUCAGGCAAGGAUCAUCAAUGACCUUGAACGAUACAUUGAUUCCGGUGAUCAAACACUCUCCUCAGCCAUCUUGGUUAGGUUCACGAUCAAACAUAAGUUGUUCGACUUGCUCUUGGUCAUACUCAAUCAUAUCAAUGUGGCUCCGACGACGCCUAGCACCAGCACGAGCACCAGCAUUGGCGCACACCAUCUCUCAUCGACAAUCAAUCAACAAGUGAGUGUUGAUGCCCUCAAGAUACUCGCCCGCCAACAACCUUUGUUGUUCAAUCGUUUGGCAGAGGUUGGCGACAUUAGCUUUAUGAAGCAUGUACAUCAUUUAGUGGCAGACUACAUGACGGCAACAUUCGACGAGAGUCCCAGCCUACAGAUCUUUGACCGAUCUUUGUUACAAUGUGCGUUGUCACGAGGACACUAUGACUGCGCGGUCUAUAUCCUGGACAACAUGACACAGUUCUUGCCCAAGCGAUCACCAUUAUACUCGACCACCUUGGUACUUGGCCGACACAAAUGGGUAGUGACCAGCAUCAACAUGGUGGCAGACCCCAACCUCGCCGAUCACAACUGGUUGGAGCUGGUCAACAGGAUACUCUGGAGCAAGAAGGUGCAGCAUGAUCUUAGGGAUCUGUACUCGGACGCGAUCCGAGCCAAGCAGAUGGGCGUCAUCGAGCUGAUCGAGUUGAUCAUCAGCAGCUCACAUCCAAAGGACAGGUCGGCAUUCUUCCGCAAAAUUGAUAUCAAUCAAACUCUCAACAUAGCAUUGGAGGAGGAAUAUUUGGAUGGGAUCAAGACGAUCAUACAUAAUCGACCAUUUCAUAAGUUCUCAUCCAUCAGUCUGAGAUUCAUCAAUCUAUGUCCACCUGAGCACCAGGACAAGAUCUUGGCACUUCUUCAUCCUCACAGUCUUUGUCUGUACACGCACCUUGGUGGCAAUGAUAGGCUGACCUCGACCACCAUCAAAAUGUUGAUCAAACAUGGGCAUUGCAAUCAACAUGUCUUGGAAUCACAUGUCCAGAGUCAUGAUGGAUCAUUCUUUAGCGAGUAUGAACUAAUGGAGAUGUUGUAUUCAAUCAAUAUUGGAGGAGAUGGCCAUGAUCAUGAUGGGCCAUUGAGCUCCAGGAAUCAGAUUGACAAGUGGUUGAAAACAUCCCAACAUACAAAUAGACGAGAUAAGUUUGAUGGACAGAUGGCAGUGUCUGAACUGUUCGGAAUCAAGAGUUCAAAGCAGAUGUCACCAAUCUAA